UUUACACUGCUCAGCCUCCGGGUCUUUAAGUGUGAGGUGGCGUGGUCCAUCACAUAACUCUGAAUUAAAGUUAGAGCUUGAUUUUCUUGCCAAGACGAUCGAAAAGGCGAACAAAGGGCCAGUAAACACCCAGAUGACCGGCCGUUCAGAGUGUCUGUGAGAGGCGCUCGACACCUCAACACCGUCACUUCCGCCUAUUCCAAAAGCUCUGAGACAUCGCGGCGGCGCUGCUGAGUGUGGGAGAAAGUUUCCGAGAUAUUGACGCUGCGAAGCGCUUUCUCGUACCGAAACUCACCAGAGGGCUUUUCUAAUCUGCGAACAUUGGCACAGAAGACGCCGAGAAGACGGGCGACGCCUCCUCGCUCUGUUUUCACUUCGGAGUCUGCAGGUCAACAAACAGUCAACGCAGCGAAAGAGGUUAGCCGUUAGCUUGAGCCACCCGUGGCUGGCGUCUGUUUACCCGUGCGGGGAACCAGCUGCGGCUGCUUAUAAGAACGUGUAAGUGAAAGUGAAACCUAUGAAACUUUGGCCGUCUGAUGGCUACGGCUGGUCAAGUUCCCACAGAUGGGGUGAACCCUACAGAUGUGUUUACUCUGUUUUGGAGGAGGAGGUUGUUUCCUUGGAGAGGAACGACUGGAACUGGUAGGAUGGCGUCUUUAGAAGGCCUGGGCUCCCCGAGUUCAUCUCAGACCAAUAAGAAAACUAUUGGUCAUCGUGGAAUUGAUCCUACAGGGGAGACUACAUACAAAAAGACCACGUCAUCCGCCCUUAAAGGUGCCAUCCAGCUAGGCAUCGCACACACUGUGGGCAGCUUAAGUCAGAAACCAGAGAGAGAUGUGCUCAUGCAAGACUUCGAAGUAGUGGAGAGCAUAUUCUUUCCCAGCGAGGGCAGUAAUUUGACCCCAGGCCACCACCAUGGCGACUUCAGGUUUAAAACCUAUGCUCCAAUUGCCUUCCGCUACUUCAGAGAGAUGUUUGGGAUUCGGCCCGAUGACUACCUGUACUCUCUUUGUAAUGAGCCGCUGAUAGAGUUGUCAAACUCGGGGGCAAGUGGCUCUCUGUUCUACGUCUCCAGUGAUGACGAGUUCAUCAUUAAAACGGUCCAGCACAAGGAGGCAGAGUUCCUGCAGAAGCUGUUGCCUGGAUACUUCAUGAACCUGAACCAGAACAAGCGGACACUGCUUCCCAAGUUUUAUGGGCUCUACUGCGUUCAGUCUGGAGGAAAAAACAUACGCAUUGUAGUUAUGAACAACUUGCUCCCCCGUGCUGUCCCCAUGCAUUUAAAAUAUGACCUGAAGGGCUCUACGUAUAAGCGUCGGGCCUCACCCAAAGAGCGCAACAAAAGCCUGCCCACCUACAAAGACCUGGACUUCAUACAGGACCUCCCUGAUGGUCUGCUGCUGGAGAACGACCACUACAACGCACUCUGCAAAACCAUCCAACGAGACUGUCUGUUGCUGCAGAGUUUCAAGAUCAUGGACUACAGUUUACUCAUGGGGGUUCAUAGUGUGGACCGGGCAGGAGAAGAGGCGUCCACAGCAGUGCAUGAUCACAGAAGGGCUCAGGGCCAGAAGGCCCUGUACUGUACAGCCAUGGAGGCAAUCCAGGGGGAGGCCAAGGGCAAAACUCCACCACAGUCCAAUGAGAGCUUGGGGGGAAUCCCAGCACGCAACUCAAAGGGGGAGAGGCUACUGAUCUUUAUUGGUAUUAUUGACAUCCUGCAGUCCUACAGGUUGGUGAAGAAAUUGGAGCACUCAUGGAAAGCCUUAGUACAUGAUGGGGACACAGUGUCGGUGCACAGGCCUGGCUUCUAUGCAGACCGCUUCCAGAAGUUCAUGUGCAACACUGUCUUCAGGAAAAUGUCAUUAAAAACAUCACCUUCUAAGAAGAUUCGAGCUGGUGUGGUGUCUGCUGUGCGGAAGGCCAACACUGCAGUAUCUGGGCAAAGUCAUCAGCCUCAGCCAUUGGAUGCACCAUCAUCAGCUAAUGUAAUACAGACAAAUGCAGAACAAACCCAUACAGACCAGGACACGACACGGCUAUCCAACAGCAGUGCUGUUUCUCUCACUUCAGAGACCGAGAAACCAGGAGAUGGAGAUAUGCAGCCACGCCCUGACCUGCUCCCCAGACCCCUUCCUCAUGAUGAUGUCACAAGUAACUCAGCUGAUACAACACACUCUACAUUUUCUCUAGGAAGCCUUGAACCUGCACCCAGCAGUCCAGCCCUGAGAGAGGAAGAGCAGAAGCCAUGCAGUGCAGAUCAGAGCCAGUGUGUUCAAGAAAGCACUGUAUCUGUCCAGUCGUUAGAGGACAGUCUGAAUGUUGAGGUUAUCUCUCUCAGCGAUGUAAUCCCUCAGACUGGCAGCUGUUAUUGAUGGAAUGGUUUAAGGAGGAAAGACAGACUAAAGCCUGUGGAUGCACACUGAGAGAAGCUGAUCGGGAAGAAAGAGAGAAAAGUCAGUAAAGUAAGGUGGAAGCAGAGAUCAUGCUACUCUGCUGCAGUGUUAGAAAAGGGAAGCAGAAAGAAGAGACUCCAAAAGGGCGAACCACAGAAAAGACCGUAAAUACAAAGACGUUUUAUGGAUGAUAACCACAUCCAGGGUCGCUGCUAGAGACAUUGUCAUUAGGAAGUUGCCAGUGUUGCACAUCGGGAGUUCCAAACCACUGUUCUUGCAGCAUUCAAACACAACAACAGUGCCUUAAUCGUACAGUGUGCUUGCAGUGACAGCUCACAGGAACCAGAAUAUUUGACAGUACAGUAAAGGAUCCUUAGUACUAAGGAUCCUUAGUAAACCAAAAUGUGUUGUUGUUUUUUUUUUUUUUUUUAAACCAGACACUGUUUACCAAUGAGCCAGACAAAAACAGUGCUGAGAAACUUGUGUAACCAAGGAGGUGCAUAUUUGACGCACAGGUCUAAUCAAAAGGCGUCUCUUGAUGGGGUGAAAGGGAGGUAGUCGAACAACUGUAGUUGAUGUUGCCAUUAAAAGUUUAAAUAACCUUAACCUUAGCCUCAGCUUUGUAAACAGUUGCUGCAGAUAAGUUCCAAGCAUCAUUGAUAAUAUUGUGCAUAUGCACAAGGGUUGUCUGAUGAUGGGGGUUUGAGAUGGAAGAACUUGCAUGUAGAUUUAAUCAUUUAGUAUUAAAGUUUGUUUUAAAGUGCCAAAGCAGAGUUGAAUAAAUUGGCAGGACAGGAUGGUUUGAAUACUACAACAAACAAGGCUUUUGAAAAACUGCCCAUUAGUCACUGCAAAAUUUUAGCCACAGAUGUUUAAAAGUCGCUUCAUGCAAGUCUGAGUGGACCAUCGUGUCUGAUGUGCGAGUCAAGGUCCAGUGUUAGGAGCCUCAGUCUAGUUAUUGGCUGUACCUCUUGGGUUUGACACAUUUAAAACACCUUUUAAUGGCUGGGUAUUCGGUUAUUUGUAGGACUGCUUGCUAGUUAGCAUAAUAGCUAAUCCUAGCUGAAGUUUUGGUAAGUUAAAAAAAAAAAAAGAUCUGUAACUUAAUCAAACUUUGGGUAGAUUAGACAACAACUAAAGCUAAAUGAACUAUUGAUAGAUUCGCCACUUUCCUUAAAACACGAUGUUUACUGCAAGUAGUGCUUCGUUCUGUUCUUCAGACUGAAAGUUUUUCUAUAAAAAAGGUCAUUAUUUUAUGCGCUGUAUUGACGCUGAUGGCACUGUGAGCUGCGAGAACGGUAUUACUACUGUUUACCCUUUCACCCUUCCUGAUUCCUGCCUCCAGAGAUGACUGGGGGAACCUUUCCCAUAACUAGUUUCAGGACCAGAGGGAAUUUGGUGUUACUGUCGCUCUGGGAUUAUUUUAUUGUUUUUUUUUUGUUGUUGUUGUUUUUUUUUUUUUUUUUUUUUUUUUUCUGAAUUCUUUUUAAAAAUAUGAGUUUACUGGAUUGUCAGAUUUUCAUCAUGGCAGUAGCUACAGUUGCCAAGGUAACAACAUAAAUGAACUACAAUACCCAUAAUGCAGUGUCCCAUAAACUCCCACACCUUAGAUGACUUUAGAAAAACUAAAAGGUGAAUUGCACACACAAGGUUGGAAACCAGAGUUUUUCUUUGUUUACUUUAAGACUGGCGGACUUAUUUCAGUUUGUUCAAACUCCCCGCUGAAACUUCUUAAAUCUUAAGUCUGGAACUCGAGGCGAGUCACAAGACAUUUAAACACAUGUCCGAGACAAGUCAUCAAUUAAGUCUACAUGGGACUACAUGGGAGUUAGUGCAUUUGUUGUUUAAUAAAGCUGAAGAGUUGGACUGAACUGAUUGGUAGAAUGUACUGAUGUCAAAUUAUAGCCUUACUCCAGUGCCUGCAGGCUUGCUAUUAGAAAGAAAACAUACAGCAUGUUUACUGUACCUUUCACUAUAUUAUUCAUUUAGAUAGCUUGAGAAAAUCAAUGCUUUGCUGACAUUUAACUUCAUCUUUUUUAUUUAUUAUCUGGAUGAUUUUGUUUAAAAAAAAAAAAAGAUAUAUAAAACCAAAGGGUUGCUGAGUAAAUGGGGUGAGUGUGAAAACGUGUCUUUUGCUGGUAUUUCCACUGUACAAUAUAUAGCUCAGUAUUGUACAUUUAUUCUAUGCUUCUCAAUUGGUACAAUCCAAUAGGUAAAAGAAAAAAGUGUGCUGGAACAUAUGUGGUGAUGACUAGAUGAUUUAGCGUAAAACCUGUGUGAACACUAGAUGGCAGUACACUGAUUUUGUUAUUUUGACUUGGUGACUGAUUAAUAAGCGUUGAGCACAACUGAAGACUAACAAAAUGUAAAGUGCCGAUAUCAUGGGAAACCAAAUUUUUGUAGCCUUUCUUUUGAUGUAGUUUGUAGAUUUUUUUUUUUUUUUAAUGUAGUUUGAUGUAAAUACUGUUGAUGUUUCAAUAUAUAUUAUUUACUCUCCACUCCAUACAGUCCACAACAUGUAAGCUAAGCUGCAAAAUAGUCUGAUUUGAGUGGUUUUUGUGAUGUGAGGAAAACCAGUGCUUUUGGAUAUAUCCUAUCUUAAGCCCCACCCAUUCACACUGAAGUUAUAAGGAGUGUUUCAGCCUGGACUGACUCAUUCAUCUGUCGUAAAGGCACAAUAAACACAAAAACAGUGUGGAGAAGAAGAGGUUAGAAAGGUUGAAUUAUGGCACAAAUGUCUUAAGUGGACUUCGGAGGGGGGAUGCAGGAUAUGGGCCUUUAAAACUUAGCUGUGAAAUGUACAUCAAAAAGUUAGUACUGUCUGAUUUUAUGUCAUGUUUGAAAAAUGUCAUAUGUUUAUACUACGCUAUUGUAGAAUGGGGGGUAACUAAUGAUGUAGAGAUUUGUUCUCUGGAAAACCUUUCUUAGCCACAUUAGCGCAGACAUUUUUGCCACAACACAGAAGCUUGUUGGAUCUGUACAGUCAAAGGCCUCAGUUUUGCCACGGUUCUUUGAACCUACAGUUGCCUUACACAUUAGUAUUUAAUAUGUUUAUACAGUUGUGAAUCGCAGUCAAGAGACAUUUUAGGCAAAAAAAAAAACAAGUCUUCUGCAAUGAAAAUGAGAACAUUCCCAUAACUUUUUCUAUGGUGAUAUGUGUAUUGGAGCUGCCACUUUUUUGCUGGAACGCAAGAGCUCAGUGUGACGGCUAGCAUGAAGACAGUUAAAGAAACCAAGCCUGUACACAUACCUAUUUAUUUAUAAGUGUAAUUUAUUUCUGUACGUUUCGAAGCGUGUAUUAUGUCUUAUGCCUGGGGUUUAUGCAAUAUAUAUAUAUAUAUAUAUAUAUAUAUAUAUAUAUAUAUAUAUUAGUACAGGGCGAGAGUCACAAGACACAGUUUUAUAUUUUAUGCUGUCACAAGCCCUCACGAUGCGGUGCUGAAGGUGGUGUUUAUUUUCUCAGCAUACACAAUUUGUUUGAGAUGACCCCAGAGAUAAAGGUCAUGAAUAAUGAAAUAAAACCUGUCCUGUGACUUUUGACUCACACUAUAUAAGAAUGCUGGUCAGUGUUUUUGUGUUAUAACGUCUACAAAACCUGAAAAUGAAUUAUGUCAAGGACUGUGAGACUGUAACUGUGGGCAGCUCGGCCUGGCAUCUCUCGAAGUCUGUGAGAACACGUGUUUAAGGAUACUAAGACACUUGGAGCUUGCUCUGCUGGAUGUGCUGGAGUUGACCCUCUAUUUCUACCACUCCAAGAACUAUUUAAAAUAUUAGGUUCUUAUAAUGAUCCAUUGUCUACCCUUUAAAUCAGGCAAUUUUCUGCAGAUAUUUUUGCUUUCUAUUAAAGAGGAUAUAUCAAAUGGGUUACUUUUGUAUGGUUUUAGCUGUUCUUUUUGUGCUGACAGUUUUUCAUACUGUAUUCAGAAUAAAUUUUUAAAAAAUGAA